CACACACACACACACACACACACACACACACACACACAUCUAAUAUACCCCAUAGAUUCUCUGCAUGCACAACAUGUAACAUACGCAAAGACGGUAGGCUAGACUUAGAGAAUCUUUGACAUACGAAGGCUCUAAAAAUAGAGUGGGAUUUUUUCGACACAAAUAAAUCGGUUGGCCAUUGGACACUAUUUUUAGCAAUUUCUCAGUUGCUUGUUUAUAGUCUGCAACUUGCCAACGCUGACCAGUGCAGACAUUUAAAGAUACUGUAGGACUGUCGUCGAACUUGUGAGCUUUAACACUGUUAUUAAAACGAUAAGGUGUGUGUACUGCAGGACCAGACCAAACCACUUAUACGCGGACAACGAGUUUUAGUCCCCAAGAAUGUAGAUCUUGUCGUUGAACUCCUUGAUGAGAGAUGGUCGAAAGAGAUUGUCAUUUCCAACCUCGAACCGGUGUCUGCUCUCUUCGACAUCAUUUCUGAGGAGUUGGAUGAAGAGAGGAAUAAAUUACAGCUUCAGAUUGCAGGGAAAAACCUUCCAUUCUCUUCCUCAUCCCUGAUGGAAGUGGGGGUUAUUGGAGGCUCUACAAUAACAGUUUCGAAAAAAGUCGAAGAAGAACCGGUCACAAAGAACGCAAGCAAUGCUGUUUUGGACAGCACAGCACGACAGGAAAUUCUAUCAAGUUUCGACGCCCACGGCCGCAAUGUGGAGGUUGUGUUUUCCUUUGACACAACAGGGAGCAUGUUUCAGUACCUGACAGAGGUUCGUCGAAAACUUAAAGAAUGUUGUAGACAACUGCUUCAACAGAUUCCAAACAUCAGGAUCGGCAUAAUUGCUCACGGGGACUACUGUGACAGCUCCGUCUAUGUCAUCAAUGUUAUGAAUGGGUUCUCCGCAAAGCUCAACAGCUGGACUGGGCAGAGGAUUCGGCCAAAGCUCUGGUGGUCAUCGGGGACCUGUUCCCACACCCUCCUUCCUACACAGACCAGAACAUCAGUUGGCGAGAAGAGCUCGACCUGCUCUCCGGUAUGGGGGUCAAGGUGUAUGGUGUUCAGGCAGGUAGAAAUAACGACGCUGUUAACUUCUACAAAGAACUUGCCGAUGUAUCACAUGGAUGUUAUGUCAAUCUCACACACAUAGAUGUCAUCACAGAUAUGUUUCUUGCAGUUUGCUACAGAGAAUCUGAUGACGGAAUGCUUGAAAAUUUUGAGGAGGAAGUAGCCAGUAAAGGAGAGAUGACUGAAGCAAAGAAAGAGAUGUUCUCUCAACUCAAGCAAAAACAAAAGGAGCCACAGUCAGAUAGUAAAAGCAAAGCAAAGGAAAACAAGAUGAACAGUUACAGUCCACAGUCUCAAACCCAGUCGAGAGAAAAUCUGCUGGGAGCAGAUCAAGUGGGAGACGGAAAAAAGGCAGAUGUGCCGUCAUGUGAGGUGUUGAUGACACUUCAACUUCAACCUUUUGAAUCGGAUCUGUUAUCAAGUGGACAGCCCAAAGAAGUAUUUCUUGAGACUGGAACAUUUUUGAUUGAUCAGAUUUUCCCCCAACAGAUAAAAACAACCAAGAAGUGAAUAUUUUCAUGAAGUUAAUACAAGACGAAAGUUUCGUUUUAAAAAGUUCGGUAUCAUUAAUUACGUUUCGACUCUUUGCGUCUUUGUCUUGUUCCCUAAUUCCUGUGACGAGCUGAAAAAGCGUGAAACCCAAUUCUUUAAAGAGCCUACUAUAUAUUACCUUAACUCGCUCAGUUCAUGCGUUCUGGCUAUUCGACAGCGUUCAAAGACGCGAUGGUUCUUUGUACUUAAGAAAAGAAACAACUCUAUUGUUUGCACAGAUGUUUCAAUUUUGCUUCUUUCAUUUAAAAUUUAAAAGACAGUCAAUAAAUAAUAUACGUGCUAUGAAAUAUA